AAUAAUAUUUACAUCCAAUUCUUUAUGUAUUGGAUCGUGUUAUCGAAGAAAGGGCCGACACCAUUAUCUCCCCUUUGUCACGCACUUUAUUACUAGAGUUAUCUCCCCAUUGAAUAUAUAAAUUAAAGCCCAAGCCCAAUAAUCUUUCUUUCACUUCCUGUUGCUGAGAAGAUAGGUUGGUUAAGUUAAUAUUAUAUUUUUAUCUUUGAUAAGCACGUGCUGCAAAUAAAUUUGUCAAAAAAUACAAUUUACAAAUUAUUGUCAAUCUUUAAUUUCGGCUCAAUUAAUGCCGAUGCUUUCAUUAUGUUUUGAUUUAUAUGGAUUUUAUUUCGGGUAGCCAAAUAUUUGGAUAACCUUUCCCUUAGCCAUUUUAAUUUUUUUGUUGUUGAAUUUUCUGAUUUCCUCGUUUGAUCAAGAUAAUUAUCGAUUAAUCUCUUAUAAAUAUAUGCACAUGUUAGGCUAAUUUUGAAAUCAUUUUUUUUUAAUUAACACUUGUUUAUUUCUACAUAUUGCGAAUUAUCAACUGAUUAAAAUGCCACCACGGCGGUCCAAACGGAUGAGAAUUGAGACGACAAGGGCGAGCGAAAGUAGAACGGCAAGGACCAGGGAGCAGCGACCCAAUGGUAUAAUGGAUGAUGGCCCAUCAGAACCGGUGCAAACCAAUUCGGAGGUCACGCAACCAUCAAGGACAACGACGUCAUCUUCUUAUGCCACAUGCAUGGAUGAUAUUCCUCCAGCAGUCCCAUCGGUCCACAACAUGAUAGGUAUGCACGUUAGCAACGCAAUUAAACAAAAAAUUAUAGAAGGGCAGUAUAUUGAUCUGGCCUCUCUAUUACCUCCUAGACCUGGUGGCGAUGAAAAAAAAUUAAUUGUAAAUAAUAUGGGGGAAAUAAUAUCCAAGGAUGCUAACCCCAAAAAGGUUGAUACCAUAGAACAGUGGACUGAUCUCAUGUUUAUAUUUGCUGGGAUUUAUCUUAGUGGCCACCCUGCUAAAUCCAUAGAGCUUUUGAAAUACAUGCAGUGUGUUAGGAUGGGGGCUAAUAGGGGAGCAGUGGGAUGGAAAGAAUACGAUGUUCAGUAUAGGUUACGUAAGGCUCAUAAUCCAGCAUCAUCAUGGGGGGAAGUGGACUCUGAGCUCUGGUUAAUGUACAUGACCCCAACUUCAACCGUUAAUGCUCCUCAAACCCUGCCCAGAGCUACAUCCAUAGGAAAGUGCUACAACUUCAAUUUCAAAGGGUCUUGCGAAAAGUUUCCUUGCACGUACACUCACAGUUGUUUACGUUGUAGCGGCCAGCAUGCUAUGAUACACUGCACUCUUGCUCAAACUCAUAUGCAUAAUUUUCGUGCCCCCAGAUUCCCAACACAACAUGCUAACAAUCAACCCAGGACACAACAAUCGCAUUUCAGGGGACCCCAGAACCCCAACAACCUGCGCCCCCGUUUUAGAUUUACAAACCCACAAGGUGUGGGGCCUCGGCAAAACCCCUAUUAAACUCCCGGCAC